AUGAAUUUACUGUACCAUCUGGUGUUCCUGCUUCUACUGGGAGGGGUGUCCUGCCAGAACAAUCGCAAUGCCAAACCCAGCAGCAAGGUGAGCAAGAAGACCGGCAGCAGCCAGAGUGCUGAGCUGGCCCCAGAUGAUGAGCCCCAGGCUGCAGCGGGGGGUGGAGAUCCCAGCAAGGAGUCCGGUACCAACGGGAAGACCAGCCCACAGCAGGCCCCGGCCCCGGCCCCGGCCCCGGCCCUCCCCAAGCCCAGCGAGGACAUGAAGCUGCACUUCCUGAAGAACACGCAGGUCACCUGCAACGAUGCCACCGCAGCAGGGUUUUACUUAAAGGAAUUUAAAGGAAGUAAGCGAUGGCUGAUAUUUUUGGAAGGUGGGUGGUGCUGCUAUAACAAAGAGACCUGCAAUUCCCGAUAUAAAAAUAUCCCUCGUCUCAUGAGUUCAUCAGACUGGUCUCUAACCCGCAAAGGGACUGGAAUACUGUCAUCGCAGGUGGAGGAAAAUCCUCACUGGUGGAAUACCAACAUUGUGUUUAUCCCGUACUGCUCCAGCGAUGUGUGGAGCGGCACUGCCCCGCUACCCAAGACCAAACAAAAAGACACUGCUGAGUAUAGCUUCAUGGGAUCCUUGAUUAUCAGGGAAGUGAUAAAGGACCUUGUUCCCAAGGGCAUCAAACAGGCCAAAGUCGUCAUGUUGGCUGGCACAAGUGCUGGGGGAACAGGUGUGCUGCUGAACCUUGAGAAGGUGUCCAGCCAGCUGGCGCAGCUGGGGGCGGAGGCACAGGUGCGAGGGCUGGUGGAUUCCGGAUGGUUCCUGGAGAGCAAACAGCAGAAGGCACCAGAGUGCCCUGACAGCAUCUCCUGCACUCCCACAGACGCCAUCAAGAAAGGCCUGCGGCUCUGGAAUGGCGUGAUCCCAGAGAAGUGCCGUCAGCAAUACAAGAAAGGGGAGGAGUGGCAGUGCUUCUUUGGUCAUAAGCUCUACUCCUCCCUGACUGCCCCUCUGUUUGUGGUGCAGUGGCUCUUUGACGAGGAGCAGCUACGGGUGGAGAAUAUCUACAUCGGGGGCCAGUCUUUGUCUGAACAGCAGUGGACAUACAUGCAGAACUUGGGAAAGGAGCUCAAGACCUCACUCAAAGAUGUCACGGCGGUGUUUGCUCCCUCCUGCUUGUCCCACACAUUGAUCACUAAAAGUAACUGGCUGGAUUUCCUGGUUAAAGGAACCUCUCUCUCACGAGCCCUGCAGUGUUGGGACAAGAGCCUCCAGGAAGCAAAUCGAAAUAGCAAGACUGCCCUGAAGGGCUGUCCCAUCCAUCUGAUUGACAACUGCCAGUGGCCUCAGUGCAACCCCACCUGCCCAGCUCUGAUCGAUCAGACCACCCAGCAGGAGCUCACGCUCCUCCAGGUGCUGGCAGGAAUGGGCCUGGAUCUGAAAAAGCUGGGCUUGGACCUUAAGCAGGAGGGUAGCUCCUUAACUGGCAUCGUCAGCAAUGGCGGCUAG